GCGACCUCUGACGUCACUUUUAGUCGCCAACCACUCGCUCGGCGCUCAUCGGACUGGAGGAGUGUUUGUGUCUCAACGGUGUCCAACUCUGUGCUGCCGACUGAGCUGCUUCUUCCCCGGCAAAAACAAACCAUGCUUUCUUUCGCUGUCAGACAACUCGCCCGGCCUCUGGGCCAGCGUACCCCAGCUCGCUUCUGCGUACGCGGACAACAGUCCCACGCCGCCAGCCGCGCCGUUGACGACGAGCGGCCGUGGACUGGCCAAGAAAGUCUGGCUCAGGACGACCCGGAGAUGUGGGAUCUUUUACUGAAGGAGAAGGACCGGCAGUGCCGCGGCUUGGAGCUUAUUGCUUCUGAGAAUUUCUGCAGUCGGGCUGCUCUGGAGGCUCAAGGCUCCUGUCUCAACAACAAAUACUCCGAAGGAUACCCGGGGAAAAGGUACUAUGGCGGAGCAGAGGUGGUGGAUCAAAUUGAGCUCCUUUGUCAAAAGCGAGCCUUGGAUGCUUUUGAUUUGGACCCAGCAAAGUGGGGGGUCAACGUCCAGCCUUAUUCUGGCUCCCCGGCCAACUUUGCAGUCUACACCGCCAUGCUCAACCCCCACGACCGCAUCAUGGGCCUGGAUCUUCCUGAUGGAGGACAUCUGACUCAUGGCUACAUGUCAGAUGUGAAGAGGAUCUCCGCUACCUCCAUCUAUUUUGAGUCCAUGCCCUACAAGCUGAAUCCCCAGACGGGACUCAUCGACUACGACCAGAUGGAGAUGACAGCCAAGCUGUUCAGGCCCAAGCUCAUCAUCGCCGGCACCAGCGCCUACGCCCGCCUCAUUGACUACGCCCGCAUUAAGAAGCUGUGCACCGAUAUCAAGGCCUACAUGCUGGCUGACAUGGCUCACAUCAGUGGACUGGUGGCAGCCAAAGCCAUACCUUCUCCAUUCCAAGAGGCUGACCUGGUCACGUCUACCACACACAAAUCCCUCAGAGGAGCCAGAGCUGGUCUCAUCUUCUACCGUAAGGGCAUCCGCAGUGUGGACAAGAAGGGGAAGGAAAUCUUGUACGACCUGGAGGACAAGAUCAACUUCUCUGUGUUCCCCUCCUUGCAGGGUGGACCUCACAACCACGCUAUUGCUGGUGUAGCUGUGGCACUCAGACAGGCUCAGUCUCCUAUGUUUAAGGACUAUAUUGCCCAAGUUCUAAAGAACUCUAAAGCCAUGGCUUCUGCUCUCCUCAGCAAAGGCUAUACCAUAGUAUCAGGGGGCACCGAUAAUCACCUGGUUCUGGUGGAUCUGCGGCCCAAGGGCAUUGACGGCGCCCGAGCAGAAAGGGUACUGGAGCUAGUCUCAAUCACCGCCAACAAGAACACCUGCCCCGGGGACAAGAGCGCCCUGACUCCUGGAGGCCUCAGGCUGGGCGCUCCCGCUCUGACUUCUAGGCAGUUCAAAGAAGAGGAUUUUGUGCGAGUGGUGGAGUUAAUGGACGAGGGCUUCCAGAUUGCUUUCGAUGUGAAGAAAAAGACAGGAAAGCUCCAAGACUUUAAGAACUUCCUGCUUGAGGACUCGGAGACGGUGGCCCGUAUUGCCGAACUGCGCCAGCGCGUGGAAGGGUUUGCCAGACCAUUCCCCAUGCCGGGCUUCCACGACCAUUAAUGUCCUAACAUGCAGUCCGUUCUUGUAAAAAACUAAGAAAAAUACAAUUUAAAAAAAACAAAAAAAACAAGACCUCUUAUGUGGAGGAUCAACAAUAAAAAUGUGCAGAUUUUAUAGAAAAUAACCAUUUUUUCUAUAUAUUUUUUUUAUUAUUACUUAACAGGUCCUGUCUACUCAAACACUGAUGAGUGGGAUUAAUUAUAUUUGAGAAGUCUUAAUUUUUAGAAUGACCUUAACUAUUGUCAUGAUUUGGUUUGAUAUUUCAUGAAAGCCGAGAUGCAAAAUAAGCUGUUAAAGAGUAGAGUAAUAUAUAGAGUGUAAAUCACUAUACUGGCCCGCCAGAUAAUUUUAGUUGGCCUGAAAUAACAAUAAAAUACCUAAUAUUUUCUUACAACAUUUUUUUUUUUUCCAUUUUGAAAGUAAAAAUAUAUGUAUUGCAUGAAAUCCCAUACGGUUCUUAAACUAAUAGUAUCCAAUAUUGCAACAUUGUUUUGGUCAAAAUAAAAGUUUAUACUUAAA